GGAGUGUGAUGCUGAUCUGCUCCAAAGACAGACAGACAGACAGACAGACAGACAGAGAGAGGAGUGCAUGAGUAGGAUGGGAUUUGCAGAUGACGCGUGUAUGCGUAUGGUAUGUGUAUGUGUAUGUGUACAGCGUAGUCUAUGGAGUGGAUGCUGUCGAUGUAAGGCCGGGCUGUGUGUGGCACUCACUUACAUACACACACACUACAAAGACACUUGUUGCACGCUUGUUGCGCACUUGUAAGGGCUAUAUGUUGCGGGUAUAUAUAUAUUUUAUAUAUAUAGUCGAUAUACAGCAGAGUGUAGAAAAGUGAUGUACUUUCGAACUGGGUGAUAGUCGUUAUUCUGUGGAUUGCCCUUUUCUACUCUUUUCCCCCCCCUCUUCCUUCUCCACUCUCUCUCUCUCUCUCUCUCUCUCUCUCUCUCUCUCUCUCUCUC